AAGACUAUGAUUCAUCAUUCACUGUUCAUUUUUCAGUUUCCCACUUUCCUUUUCCAUCCAAAAUUAAUAACAAAACCAAACAGAAACAUGAUCAUGAAUGGGUAACUCUCACUCACAUCGCAAACACCGUAACUCCCUCUCUCAAAACAAUAACUCUUCUUCUUCUAUUGCUACUCCUCCACACUAUAGAUAUGGUGCUCAUCAUUAUCCAAAACAACAACACUGUAAUAGGACGAUGGUGAGCAGCAAGAUUUCUUUGCCUUACGGGCGCGUGGACACCACGCUCCGAGAACUCGCUGCCAAGGCCGAAGGCUUCGGACGCUUCGCCAUCGGCGGCCUCCAUGGUCCGCUAUACCAUGUCACUAAUCUCGCAGGUUUCUUUCAUGAUGGACCAGGAUCACUACGCGAUGCAUGUCGUAGAAAAGAACCAUUAUGGAUUGUAUUUGAGGUUUCAGGCACAAUUCAUCUGUCAUCGUAUUUGAAUGUAUCAUCUUACAAGACCAUUGACGGCCGGGGCCAAAGGAUUAAACUCACCGGUAAAGGGUUGCGGCUGAAGGAAUGCGAGCAUGUAAUAGUGUGCAAUUUAGAGUUUGAAGGAGGCAGAGGGCCUGAUGUUGAUGCCAUUCAAAUCAAGCCUAACUCAAAGCACAUAUGGAUAGAUCGUUGUACUCUCAGUGAUUUCGAAGAUGGGCUGAUAGACAUCACCAGAGAAAGCACAGAUAUUACAAUUUCAAGGUGUCAUUUUUCUAAGCAUGACAAAACAAUUCUCAUUGGAGCAGAUCCCUCACAUGUUGGUGAUAGAUGCAUAAGGGUCACCAUUCAUCAUUGCUUCUUCGAUGGGACUCGACAGAGGCAUCCUCGCGUUCGAUUUGCAAAAGUUCAUCUGUAUAACAAUUAUACCAGAAACUGGGGCAUAUAUGCUGCUUGUGCGAGUGUGGAGUCCCAGAUAUUCUCGCAACAUAAUAUUUAUGAAGCAGGGCAGAAGAAGGUAGCAUUCAAGUACCUUUCUGAGAAGGCAGCAGACAAGGGAGCAGAAGCAAGUGGCCGCAUAAUAUCCGAAGGAGAUUUGUUUAUAAAUGGAACACAAUCAGGGCUAAUAGCAUCUAACAAUCUUGAAUGCAACAAUUUUCAUCCUAGGGAACACUAUCCGGCAUGGACGGUGGAACCUCCUUCACAUGAUCUAAAACAGGUUCUUCAGCAUUGCACUGGAUGGCAAUCUAUGGCGAGGCCAUUAGACCAAACGGUUGAACACGGUGCACAUGAUGAAGCAGUACCUAUUUAUCCAUUCCAAACUCACAGCAUUGUAGCCAGUUUGCCUUAUGCACGAGUGGACUCCUCCCUCCGAGCACUUGCUGGCUCGGCCGAGGGAUUUGGACACUCUGCCAUUGGUGGCCUCCGUGGUCCCCUUUAUCAUGUAACAACUCUAGCAGAUGAUGGACCGGGGUCGCUGCGUGACGCAUGUCGCAGAAAAGAUCCUUUGUGGAUUGUAUUUCAAGUUUCAGGCACAAUUCAUCUGUCUACAUUUUUGAGUGUAUCAUCUUAUAAGACCAUCGAUGGCCGGGGCCGAAGGAUUAAACUCACCGGAAAAGGAUUGCGGCUGAAGGAAUGUGAGCAUGUAAUAAUUUGUAAUUUAGAGUUUGAAGGAGGCAGAGGGCCUGAUAGUGAUGCCAUUCAGAUCAAGCCUAAUUCGAAGCACAUAUGGAUAGAUCGUUGCAGCCUCAGUGAUUUCGAUGAUGGACUCAUAGACAUCACUAGAGAAAGCACGGAUAUUACCAUUUCAAGGUGUCAUUUUUCUAAGCACAACAAAACAAUUCUCAUCGGAGCAGAUCCCUCGCAUGUUGGGGAUAGGUGCAUAAGGGUCACCAUUCACCACUGCUUUUUCGAUGAGACUCGACAGAGGCAUCCUCGUGUUAGAUUUGCAAACAUACAUCUUUACAAUAAUUAUAGCAGAAACUGGGGUAUAUAUGCUGUUUGUGCAAGUGUGGAAUCACAGAUAUUCUCACAACAUAAUAUCUAUGAAGCAGGGCAGAAGAAGGUGGCAUUUAAGUAUCUUUCUGAAAAGGCAGCAGACAAGGGAGAAGAAGCAAGUGGCCGCAUAAUUUCUGAAGGAGACAUGUUUAUAAAUGGAGCACAAUCAGGGCUAAUGACAGAGAACAAUGAUGGAAGUAACAUUUUUCAUCCAAGUGAAUAUUAUCCCACUUGGACAAUGGAACCUUCUUCAGAUAAUCUAAAACAGGUUCUUCAGUACUUCACUGGAUGGCAAUCUAUUGCCAGGCCAGAAGAUUAAUCACUUCGACCAGAAUAGAGGAUUAUAUAUAUAUAUUGAAAGAGAGAGAUUAAUUUUGAUGCACUAACAGUAUAAAAUAUAAAAUAGUUUGCACAGUCA